AUGCCUUUCGACGAGGCAAUGCACGAAAUCUUUCUCCCCUUGGAAGAGCAGGUCUGCGAUGCAUCUGCGACGGUGUUCCUCUCCAUUAUUUGCGUCAUGGGCCUUGCAGUAAGUUUCUUCGGCUAUCGGAUCUACAAGGUCGCGUUCGCUUUUUUCGCCUUCCUUGUGGGUUUUGGCCUGGAGGCACUGAUAGGGUCGCGCUGGAUCAACGAGAUGCCAGAGGAGGCCACGACGAUGAAGAAGGUGAUUGUGCUGGUUUUCUGCGUGCUCUGGGGCACGGUAGCAGCAGUGUUGGCCCAGAGGUGCAGGGAGAGCAUCGAAAAGGUGCUGGGCGUCGUAUUCGGCUUGUUUCUGGGAGUGGCUGUGACAGGCAUUAUGGUGUAUGCACUGCAGAGGCCACUGGAUUCCGCACUGGGUGCUUCCUACAAGGGUUGGGACCAAUUUGGAGGUAUCACCCUCGGAGUCCCGCUUGCAUUGCUUGCGGGGUACUUCUGCAGGACCUGGGUGAAACACUUGGUCAUGCUUGUUACAGCCUUCUUCGGCGCCUGGGCUUCGUGGCUUUGCGCUUCCAACUUGCUCCGGUGUGCAGAGGUUGAGUCCCAAGUGCUGAGUCGACACAUCAUCAACCUGGUCAUUGUCAUAGGACUCGGUUUCCUUGGGCUCGUCGCGCAGAUCUUAUGGCAGCCGCGCGGGGAGCACAAGGUGCGCGAGGUGACGGUGACAGGAGGGGUGUGA